CGCGCCUGCGCAGUGUCCGUCUCCUCUCCCGGGUCUCCCCGCGCACACGUGUCCAAGAUGGAGUCGCUGAGCGCGGAGCAGAUAACUAAGGCUGUACAGGCUUUGUUGGCCUAUGUGAAGAAGAGUAAGGAUGAUAACCCGCUGUUCCUCAAUGAACAUCAGUUUAUAACGCUCGUUGUGACAGUAUGGAAGAUUCCAGAAAAGGAGAAAACGCUAAAAAUACCUCUGCCUCAUGGCAUUCGAACAGACACAACAGAAGUUUGUCUCUUUACAAGAGAUGAGCCAAACAUGAGUGCAGACCAGACAGAGAAAUUCUACAAGAAGCUACUCACCCAACAAGGAAUUAAAAAUGUAACACAGAUCAUUCCAUACAAAGCACUGAAGACAGAGUACAAAGCAUAUGAAGCAAAGCGUCGCUUGUUGAGUAGCUAUGACCUGUUCUUGGCGGAUGAUCGAAUCAGGCGGCUGUUGCCAUCUCAUAUAGGCAAACAUUUCUACAAAGCUAAAAAGGUCCCGCAGUCGAUAAAACUAACUUCAAAUAAACUUGUAAAAGAAAUGAACAAAUUGAUACAGGGUACUAUCCUUCCGAUUACCAACAAGGGCUGCUGUUAUACUUCCCGCGUAGCUCACACAGGAAUGAAGGUGCAGGAAGUAGUGGAAAACAUCAUUGCGGCUGCCCGCAAACUUGCAGUAGACUUACCCAAGAAAUGGAAAAACGUAAAAAUUCUUCACUUGAAAACUCCCACCUCUGUGUCUUUGCCUAUUUAUAACUCAGGCAUGCACAACCUAGUCGAGCUACAGAAAGGGGCAUCCAAGAAGACGGUAAAUACGAAUAAGCAGAAGAAAGUAACGAAAGUUCAAGAUUCAGAGAUGUCAGCUGCAACAGCACCGUUAGCAGAAGCAACUACUGUUCUUGUUGAAGCUAAUGAUGCAGCAGAGAAUACAUUCAAGAUAAGUUCCCCAGUCACCGAGAAAUCUAAGCAUCAGGAAGAUGAAGAAAUACCACAGCUGGUUCCCAUUGAAGAACAGACACCCUCAAAAAAGGCAAAGUUACAAAAAUCAAAGCAGAAAACCACUGUUGAUGUAACCCCCGUCAACAUGAAACUGCCACGAAAGGCUAUUUCACAAACACCAGCAGUAAAGGAGACUCCAAAACAGAAGCCAGAUCAUCCAGAAAUGCAGACCCCGGACAAGCGAAAAAAGAAAGUUCAGACACCAAAGCAGCAGAUGAAAGAAAAUGUGUUUGAGAAAAGUACAAAGAAGAAAACUCCUAAAAAAUCUCUGGCAAAAUCUGCAGGGAUCGUCAGAAAAGAAAAACUUGUGAAAUCUGCAAUGAAAGCUCCUAAAACUCCCAAGCAGAAAGAAAAGAAACAGAAGGUCCCACAGUCUGCCUGAACUUAAAAUGAACUUUAGCCACUUACUCUUUGAACAGUGGAAAUCUGUGUCUGUUCAUGAAGCUGAUAAUAAAUCCUAUACCGCCCUAAGUGGUUUGUUAAAUACACAUUGGGUCCAUCAUAUUUGCCUAAACAUACAUCUCAUAGUUUAACCAUUUAAGAUGAGAAGUUCUGUUCACUGUGGUAACAGAAAGUUUCACCAGUUGCUUGAGAUAAAUAGUAACAGCAAUUUGUACAAUGCAUCAAGUGAUUCAUAGUAUACCAGAAGAAAGAACUGAUUUAACAGGUUGAGAGUUUGAUUUAUUCUGCGGUUCUUUUCAUUCCAACAGGUUAAUGAAUUAAAUGUUUUGGUUCAUUCUGCUAAAUAAGUGGUGCAGCCAAACACUAGAAGCAGUUUAAAAUCAGAAAUACAAUUUAAUUCUCUCCAUCACAACAAUGGAAGAGAUCUUCCUGAGACGUAACAUAUAUAUUAUAUAUAUAAAUAUCACACACACACACAUUCUGUCCUUUGUGUCUCCCUGGACCACCCACUAUUCCUUCACCAGGAUUUGACAAGCUUCCAGCUCUGGGUUCUACAGCGUGUUUUUAUAAAUUGAAGUUUUUGCUGAUAUUGAAUAAUUAAUGUACUCAAAUUAUACAGAAAAGAAGAGAGGCAUAUAAUAAUCCUUGUAUUUGGUGUAGCACCUUAUCAAAUUGUCAAUGGAUCUCAAAGCUCUUCAUAGGAUAUACUAUAAAGUGGUGCGACUAUUUUGUGGGUGGAUGCAACAGAUGAUUUGCAUACAGCCAUGGAGUGGAUUUUAUUUGGGGAACUGGUUAUUCACUCCAUUGCUGUUUGUGGAACCCCUGGCUGUGUGCAAAUUGACUUGAGCUUUCCUAGAAAUAGACAGUUAUGACAUUUGGCAGCAAUUAUCUUUGAGACAUUAAUAGAAGCAAAAUCAAAUGUUUGGGUUGUUAAAUGUGAUGCGGGAAAUCGCGUUAAAUAUUUAAUGACAUGCAAUCAUAUUUGUGUAUGUGGUGGAGAGAUGCCUUUUCAGGAUUUUUGUGGAACUUAUCUAUCAAAAUCUGUUACAGUGCUUGUAAACAUAUUUUAUGCCCAUAUGUGUGUUGAACUUGGCUCAUUUUCAUCUGUGCUUACCCUGUGUUCUCAUUCUUCAUAAGGACUGUCUGCUGAAAUGUAAACCUAAGUCAACAUUCAGCUUAUGAACCGUAUAUUAGAUCUCCAAAAACUAAAUAAAAGAUUAUUUUCCUCCUGUUA